AUGGAAGGGGGGAGUAAUGCUCACGGGACGGCGGGCGAGCCCAACGCCAAUGCUUAUCAACAGAACGAGGAUGCUGCCAGCGCCAGCAAGUUGCCGCUGGUGGUGCCGGCGCCGGAGAAGGAGGAGGAGCACAGCGACGGCGGGCCGAUGACCCCGGGCGCCCCCGCGGGCGUGCCGCGCGGGUGCUGCGCGGUGUACGUGGGCGCGGAGCGGCGGCGGUUCGUGGUGCCGACGUCGUACCUGGGCAACCCUGUGUUCCGGCGGCUGCUGGAGAAGGCCGAGGAGGAGUUCGAGUUCGUUUACGUGGGCGGCGCGCUCACCAUCCCCUGCGACACGGAGUCCUUCAAGUACAUCCUCGCCGUCAUGGAGCGGCACCGGAAGGGCCUCGUCGUCGUCGACCACGAAGGGAAUACCACGGAGACGCCCAAGGCGGCAGCAGGUGGAUCAUCAUCAUCAUCGCCGGGUAAUCCGGAAUGA